ACUCCCAAAGGCCAAAUCCUCAAUUAAGGCCAUUGGCAAUAUAAAAAAAUCUUUGUAAUUAAGUCGUUAAAAUUUGGACAUUUCAAUUUUUGCAUGGCCAGCAGUUGGAGGAUUAUUAUUGCUUCUCCACGAUUCUUAUUAUCAUCUCCUCCAUCGUCUCUUUCUCACAGUCAUCUCUUUCCCUCCGCUACUUUCCUCCUCCGGGCAAGUCAUUGGUCAGCAUAUGAGAAGAACCCAGAGGAGCAAAUAUGGCCCACAGUGGUACCAGACCAUGUGAUCCAUACUAAUAUAUCUGAAAACUAUUGGGCCCCGCAUCCCGAAACUGGAGUUUUUGGGCCUCCAAUAGCCCACCAAAGUACUUCUGCAGUCCCGAACGACACGUCGGCUGGUGGUAAGGAGGAUUCAGUUCUGGACAUUAAGGCUUGGUUCCGACAUAACGGCCUCGAAGACCUUGAGAAGCCACUCUAAUUUGGACUCUUAUGAUCAAAAGAUAAUAAUAUUCUGUCACGCAUGAAUAAUAAUUAAGCUUGCAUGCAUUGCACUAAGAACAACUUUAUAUCUACUUUGUUUUAUGAAUAUGUCAAUAUAUUGUAUAUUUGGCUUGAGGGUUGUGCUUUUAAUCUCAAGUUGUAUUAUGAGGAAUUACAGAAAUUUGGUAAUAAAUAUGCUGCCAAUCUAUACUA